CGCGUGGUAAUCAACGUCUCGGGGCUGCGCUUCGAGACGCAGCUGCGCACCCUGGCACUGUUCCCCGACACGCUGCUGGGGGACCCCGCCAAGCGCCUGCGCCACUUCGACCCACUCCGCAACGAGUACUUCUUCGACCGGCACCGGCCCAGCUUCGACGCCAUCCUCUACUACUACCAGUCGGGGGGCCGCCUGCGCAGGCCGCUGUUCCGCCAGCCGCCGGUGCCCCACCGAUCUGCGCCUGCCCCUGGCGCUAACGGCAGCGGGCUCGGCCCCACCGUGGCGCCCCUCCUGCCCAGGACCCUGGCAGACCCUUUCUUCAUUGUGGAGACCACGUGUGUCGUCUGGUUCACCUUUGAGCUCCUGGUGCGCUUCUCCACUUGCCCCAGCAAGGCCGAGUUCUCCCGCAACAUCAUGAACAUCAUUGACAUCGUGGCCAUCUUCCCCUACUUCAUCACACUGGGCACCGAGCUGGCCGAGCAGCAGCCUGGGGGCGGAGGAGGGGGUGGCCAGAACGGGCAGCAGGCCAUGUCCCUGGCCAUCCUCAGGGUCAUCCGCCUGGUCCGGGUGUUCCGCAUCUUCAAGCUCUCCCGCCACUCCAAGGGGCUGCAGAUCCUGGGCCAGACCCUGCAGGCCUCCAUGCGCGAGCUGGGGCUGCUCAUCUUCUUCCUCUUCAUCGGGGUCAUCCUCUUCUCCAGCGCCGUCUACUUCGCCGAGGCUGACAACCAGGGGACGCACUUCUCCAGCAUCCCGGAUGCCUUUUGGUGGGCUGUGGUGACCAUGACCACUGUGGGCUAUGGGGACAUGAGGCCCAUCACCAUGGGGGGCAAGAUUGUGGGCUCGCUGUGUGCCAUCGCCGGGGUCCUCACCAUCGCCCUGCCUGUCCCUGUCAUCGUCUCCAACUUCAACUACUUCUACCACCGCGAGACGGAGCAUGAGGAGCAGGCAGCCCUGAAGGAGGAGCAAGGCAGCCAGAGCCGGGGGUCUGGACUGGAUGCGGGAGGCCAGCGCGAGGCCAGCUGGAGCAGGGCAUCCUUCUGCAAGACCGGGGUGUCAGACGGCACCCGCAGGGGCAGCCAUCCCCUGGAGAAAUGUAACCUCAAGGCCAAGAGUAAUGUGGAUCUGCGGAGGUCCCUGUAUGCCCUGUGCCUGGACAGCAGCCGGGAGACAGACUUGUGAAAGGCAGGCUGGUGGUGGGGUGGGAGCAGGGGUGGCCCUGAGCCCGGGAUCUCUUCACACCGCUGAGUGUGACAAGCUCACCUUGUCGCUGAAGCCGGUCUCUCCUUCCCUUCCUUCCUUGCCUCAGCCCCCCAUUUUCCCUCUUCUUUCCAUGACACCAAGGGUCGCCUAUUUUUAAAAAGUACCACAUUCCAUGACGCAGGAGCUGUUGAAAUGGUGAGCGCCAUGAGAUGGAUGGGUGGAUUUGGGGCCAGUUUCCUGUACCCCGCAGAGGGAUAAUCCAAACAAAAAUGACUGUAAAUAGCCAGAUCCCAAGGGAUUCUGCAGCCCUCCCCCCAUGUGUUCCUAAUUUGCUUUACAUAUGGUUGUAGUUGUGUAGAGGGAAAAAUAUUAUUUUUAUGGCCAGUGAGUAGACUUUUGUACUGUAGCUCAGAUAGCACUUGGGUAUUUUCUCAAGAGAUAUACUGAAUUAUUGAAUUGAGGGAUGAGCGAGCCAUUGUGAUGUUUUCCUGGGAGACUUAGAGCCCCAGACCCAGGCAAGGAGGCUCUGGCUUCUGCGAUUCCAGGCCUCUCUUUUGAGGGUAAUGUUGGUGCUUUAUGUCUAAGUAAGAAAUGUUCUAGAAGAAAGGCAAAUCUGACUUUUUCUGUGCCCCUUAAACAAUUCUCCUAACUCUCUUCACAAAGCAUUAUAAGGACAUUAGAGGAAGACUUCUUGUAAUUCAUUCUCUCUCUUUUUUACUCCAAGGAAAUAAAAUGUGACUUGGCUAAGGUGGGUAUUAGUUUUUCUACAGACAAUGUUUUGGUUUUGAAUUUUUAAGUCAUAGCUUGUUAUGUGGUGUUUCUGGUUUGGAGUCAGGGCAGAUGCCUUGUCUGGGGUGGAAAGCUUGGAAAGCUGAUGGUUUGCUUGGUGCAUCUUUGGGACAGGUGCCUGAGCCCCUGGGGAGUCCUGUAGGUCUCGGGCUGUGUGUGACGCAGACAGCUGUGAUAUGCAGUGCAUUGGUGGCACCAGACAUACGGUAAGCCUGGAGAGAGGAGGGCCGAAUAGAAGAAGGCAGUGAGCUCCGGCACCAGCGCUGUCCCACGGUGGCUCCCUAGGGCUCCAUUUCUAAAGUCUCCCUUGUUCGGGUUGCAUUCCUUUUUGGUACUUGCAGCUCCCGGAUCUCAGAAACCAGCCUGAAUGUCACAGGCAUGCAGCCCCGAAUGAAGGUCACACGGGAUGGAGCCUGUGGCAUGGCAGGCAGAGAGAGCAAAGUCUCCGUGUUGGAAGGCACAGAGUGGCUGAAGGGAGGACGAGCUUAUGGCCAUUAGAGUGGCUGAGCUCCAGACAAGCUCCUUUGUCCUCUGCCCUGCACAGUGGUGGCAAAUCCUCACUGUGUGCAGCCUGGCCGUGUCCUGGGACCAGCUCUGAGGAUUUCCACUGCUGCUCUCUCUGCUGUUCUAGGGCCUCAGCAGGUCUGUCCUCACAGGUCCCUCAGAAUAGCUGGGUACUCGGAGCCAGUUCUGGGUGUGUUUGGGUCUCCCCAUGGGUGAGGGAGCACCUACAAAUCCAUAUCUGGGAAUUGUGGAUUUAAAUAUGGUGUGAUCAGAUAAACCAGAGUCCGUGAAGCCUGAAGUCACUUCCGGUCUGGAGCUGUUAAUGGCCAGUCUGGGGAGGAAACAGGAGGACUGGGCAGGCGUGUUGUUUGUCAUCAUAUCCUCAAGUGGAGGAAGGUCACAGGUGCUCUAUUUAUAUAUGAUUUGCAGUUUGCCUAAAAGCAGGGCAUCUUGCCAAAGCUCAGUCACUCAGCCUCACCCCCAGCCCUCUGUGUCUGUAAAGUUUAGUGUUUGUGUUCUGUAAGGUGGGUCCAUCUUCCCAGCAGAGCAAAUCCAACAUCCCAGCCACUUUCGGCCUGAAAGGCCAUUCCUUUAGGCUUAAGAAAGGGAGAAUGAGCAGCACCCAGCUCUUGAAUGUGUCCAGAUGCCUGAAAGUGGGUUAGUCUAAUUCUGUUUGGAACCUUUAGACCAUACAGGGUACAUUUCACAGCCCUGUUCAGGGAGAAAUGGAGGGAGCGUGGGUCUCUUGGCUUGUGCAUGAAGGAGGGGGGUCCCUUGGAGCAGGUGUAUAAAAGGGAUGAGGGAACCUGGGGGUGGGUGUAUCAGCCUCCAGCUGCAGCCUCCCUCCUGGGGCUGUGGCUUGGGACCUGCCCUGGUCACUCACAGACUCAAUGUUGCAGUUUCUCUGUGUUCUCUGUGCACCUGUUGCUCCGAUUCUGGAAAUCGCUAUGCUGUGUCCCUCCUUCCAUCACAGUUUGCCUUCGUAACUAGUGGAAGAGAGAUCUGAAUGCCGUGGCUUCUCCCCAGGAUAAUCAAGGACAGGAGCCCUCUUUUCUGCCUUCCCACUGCCCCCUCUCUGCUGUCAUUAGUUUCCCUCAGAGUUCACCUCCUUGAGGAGGUUAGAUCAGGUGACCUCAGCAGGCUCUUUAUCCAGCGUCUCCUCUUGGUAGAAGAUAGAUAGAUCCUCCAUCAGCCUCAGCAGCUAGCAGGGCCGCUCCUGAGGGUCCAGCACUGUGUGAGGACAGCGAGGCUUUGCUCCUCUCUCUCUUGCUCCCAAGCUCAUGCUCACUGAGCCCUGAGCAGUGACAGAUGUAGGGAGAUGCCUUUCACUUGCUUCUACUGCAGAGCCCUUUGGCUCAUCCUGCUGGGUGCACACUGGAGGGCAGGAAACUGACUCCUGGCCCUUGGGGAACUCCCCAGAGUUAGGAUUUACAUUAUUCAGGGUGAACAUGGAAGAUUCUCAGGUUAGGGAACAGAGCAGGAGGUUUCUCUUGGGGCAGAGACACUGCUGCACGUCCCCUCCAGAAGUGGACAGAGCCGACCCUGGGUGAGGGCUAAGCACUCCCUCACCUCACCUCUUUCUGUGUCUACCCGACCGGAUGUGUGGGGCAGGGAACAGUGUUCGGGGGGUGGUCCCUGUCCCUGGGGGUGGUUGUAGCUCCUGGGGAGCCCCCGGCAGAGAGCACACGCAAGUCUCUGGGGGCCGAGGGUGACUGAGGACUUUGCAGGUCCUCAGCACCUCCUGUCCAGGAGCAGGUGUGGGUGGGCAGGGGUGAGGAUUGUGGGGAGUGCUCUGGCAGGUGAGUGGGAGGGAAGGCCGGUGGGGAGGACAGUGAGAGCCCAGCCUGGGAAAAUCACUCCUGAGUCCCCAUCUCCAGCCUUUGGGGACAGCCCAUGCUUCAGUGCCAGUGAUUACAGGGGGACCCAGUGUUACCCAGAGCAGGGGCCUCUGCCCUGAUUCAGGCAGAGACAGCAAAAUUUCUGAAAGGGGAAAACUGGCGAGGCGAGAGGCAAAAUUGGGGCUAUUAUGUUGUAAGUAUUCAUCCUGUAUAACCAUUUAACAUGUAAUCCUUUGAAAAUGUAAGAAACUAUGCCUGCUGGCCUGUCAUGUCCGUCUGUCUGUCAUGCCAUGCCUGUUCUAGGUGCCUGCCAUCUCCUUGGAUUCGUGUGCCCUGUCCAACUUGUAUCUAUUUCGAGUGUCAACCCUGCUUGGGGAGGGGACCCUGUGCCGGCAUUUCCUGGCCCACGGAGGCCUUCCAGGGACCCUGAAGCUUUCUUCUACCACCUGCAGCGGGUGAGACUUGCUGCAUGGCUGUGGGAUGCGGUGCCCUUUCCAGGGAGCAGGCAGGAGAUGCCACACUGGAGGAUCUGCUGGGCAGUGGGUUUUCCCCUUGCUGUUGCUGGCAGGCCAGGGAGGCACCUCCUCUCCUGAGGCUUUUUCUGGAUGUGGGGCG